AUGGUGGAGAAUGGAGAAGAUGAUUCAAUGGUUUAUCUUGAUGAGCUUGAAAUGCUGUUGAAUAAGAAAAUGACUUUUAGAGUUAAGGUGCAGCCAACGUUUUCCCAAGCGUCUGUUUGGAAGCUUUGUGAUGAUGAAGCCUUUGUUAAAGAGAUUGAAAAUGACUACAUAGUAGAAGAUAAUCAGUCUAAAACUGAAUAUGCAAAGUUGGUCCCUAACAAAGAAAAUUUGGAAACUUCCGCAGUAAGUCAAAAUUCGGUAUAUUACACCGAUUUUGAUCGUAUCAAUACAGUUCUGGAAAAACCAAGUGUAACUGAAUCGAUGUUUACAUCAUGGUUCGAAGCAAAUUGCAAGUAUCCUGAAGCACAAAAUUUAACUUACAGCAAAUUUGUUUCAAAAUUUGUUUAUGUUAAGAAAAAAAGAGAAUGGAAACCCCGUCAAAAAGGUUACACAAUUGGUAGGCUUAUAUGGGUUCCUCCAACAACUGGCGAAUUGUACUAUCUUAGAUUGAUGCUCACACAUGUCAAAGGCCCCCGCAGUUAUAAUGAUAUAAAAAUAGUGAAUAACGUAAAAUAUGAUACUUCCCGGGAUGCCUGUUUUGCUAUGGGUUUUAUCGGCGAUGAUAGAGAAUUCAUUGCAGCUAUUAAAGAGGCAAAUCAUUGGGGUUCAGGCAGCAUUAACAGGCCAAGACAUGUAUGGAGUAAAACAUGUCAUCUCUUAGCUGAUGGAAUACUAUAUGCUCAACAGCGAAUUGCAAACAAUAGAGGUUUGAGGUUGUCGGAUGAAGAGAUAAUGAAUUUAACAUUAAUUGAGAUUGAACGAAAUCUUCAAAGGAAGAGCCGAAGUCUAAAGGAAUUUGCUGGAAUGCCUUAUCCAAGUGGAUAUGUGGUUGAGCAGUUGGGAAAUAAGCUCAUAUACGAAGAGCGGAGUUACAAUCCAGCCGAACAAUUGCAAGAAUACAAUAAUUUGUUCUUAAAUCUUACAGAUGAGCAAAGAGGUGUAUUCAAGCGAAUAAUGGAAGCAGUAAACAAUCAACAAGGAGGCGUAUUUUUUUUGUAUGGAUACGGUGGCACAGGGAAAACCUACAUGUGGAGAACUCUAGUUUCCUACAUAAGAUCAAAGAAACAAAUUUGUUUAACUGUUGCUUCAUCGGGCAUAGCUUCACUACUACUUCCAGGAGGUCGAACGGCUCAUUCAAUGUUCAAGAUUCCAAUACCUACAAUGGAGUCUUCUACAUGUAAUAUCGACAAAGGUAGUGAUCGUGCAGAGCUACUAAAAAUGGCAAAGUUGAUAAUUUGGGAUGAAGCUCCAAUGGCACACAGAUUUUGUUUUGAAGCGUUUGAUAAAACCCUUAAAGACAUAAUGGGGCGUUUCAAUUGUUCUGACAAAUUAUUCGGAGGGAAAGGUAAUGAAUCAUCACUUCCUAAAAGGUUGAAGCUAUUCCCUGGAAAGUUGAAAUCUAAAUGGUCCGGGCCAUUUCGGGUCAAGGAAGUCAAGGAAUAUGGAGCAAUUGUCAUUGAAGACUUAGAAAUGAAGGAGAGUUGGACGGUAAAUGGCCAACGUUUGAAGGUUUAUCUCGGCGGUCAUGUGGAUCGCGGGAGCUAUACUAUUCCCUUGGAUGCUCCUCUGUGA